AAGUCUGGUUUUCCUGUCUGUUCCUUUCAGAGCUCUUAUAAUGCUCUCUUGGUCUGUGGUCUGCAGUAUGCUGAAGCAAGCUGCUGAAAAGGAGUAAAAGUCCACAGCAUGGUAUAAUUUUCUUUUCUUCUUAAACUGCUUUAUUCCAGGCUUUACCAGAUUUCACAUCAAAAGGAUUCUCUUUACAAGUGAGAAAAAAGUAGAACCAAUAGUGAUGCAGAAGGAGACAAAGUUACAUCCUAAUGCUGAACCCCCUGAUGGAGGAUGGGGAUGGAUGAUAGUGUUUCAUUUCUUCCUGCUCAGCCCAAGAGUAAGCAGGCCACAAUGUAUUUAAGAAGCAAAAAAGUCCAAAGCAGAUUCUCCAUGGUAAAUGUGCUUCUAAUGGGACUGACCAAGAACUUUGCAAUUUUUUUCGUGGUUUUUCAAGAAGAAUUUGGUGGCACUUCAGAGCAGAUUGGUUGGAUUGGAUCCUUAAUGUCAUCAUUACGCUUCAUUGCAGCUCCACUGGCUGCCAUAUUAUGUGAAAAAGUAGGAGAGAAGUUUACUUCCAUUCUUGGUGCUUUACUUAUUUCCACUGGAUAUUUGAUCAGCAGCUUGGCCACAAGCAUCUCCUUCCUCUGUCUAUCUUUGGGACUUCUCCCAGGUUUGGGCUCUGCUCUCUUAUACAUUGGAGGACCUCUGAUGAUUGCUAAAUAUUUCAAAAAACGACUAGCUCUUUCAAUCGCCAUUGCCCGCUCAGGGAUGGGGCUAACGUUUGUGUUGGCCCCUCUCACAAAAAUUCUGAUUGAUGAAUAUGAUUGGCCAGGCACCCUUCUAAUAUUUGGAGCGAUCUCAUUAAAUUUGGUGCCCUCUAGUAUGCUCUUACGACCCAUCAACAACAAAAGGGAAAAGCACUUGUCUACCAAAGGGGAAGGCAGACCGACUAUGAGAAGGCCAGAUGCCGUAAGCCAACUGGAAGCUCUAUCCAGCAAUGAUGGACAGCAGCCUCCCACUGAAAACUGCUUAGUCAGUAAGGAUGAACAGACUGGUCAAAGUGCGGCAAUCUCAGGAUGCCCAGACGACAAAGAGGUCUUUAGCAACGAGCCUCAACGUUAUGACAAAAAUGCUGUCCCGGGGAUCCACAAACAGCUUGUUGAUUUCUCCCUAUUUAAGAACCCUUUAUUUUACCUCUUCACCUGGUGUUUUCUAUUUGGCCAGUUGGCAUACUUCAUCCCUACUUUCCAUCUGGUCGCCAGAGCUAAAACUCUGGGCAUUGACACCCUGGAUGCCUCUUAUUUCAUUUCAGUGGCUGGUAUCACAGAGACAGUCAUGCAGCCACUGUCUGGAUGGGCUGCUGAUCAAAACUGGAUCAAGAGAUACAACUUCUACAAAUCUUACCUCAUCCUCUGUGGCAUCACUAACCUGCUUUGUCCUUUAGCCACCACAUUUCCUCUACUCAUGACUUAUUCCAUCUUCUUUGGCAUUUUCUGUGGCUGUUAUAUGGCAGUGGUGUUCCCUGUAAUGGUUGAUUUUGCUGGGAAUUGUCCAUUAAACAGGUUUUUGGGAUUUUCCGCCUUUUUUGCAGGACUGGCUGUUCUUGCUGGACCACCCAUAGCAGGUUGGCUAUAUGACUACACCCAGACCUACAUCUAUUCCUUCUUCUUCUCUGGAGCGUGCUUUCUGCUUUCAUCGGCUUCUCUGUUCUUUGUGCCCCUGGCCAUGAAGUGGGUAAAGGGACGAGCUUCGCAGGAGAUGACAACUCCACUGGAGUAGCAGCUUAACAAGAUUCACCCUAAAGCCUCCGAUCACUAAAGCCUGGAGGAAACCAGAGAUCCUGCAAUGGCCUUAGGGAAAGGUGAUCUCUACCACGACAGUUCAGUUGCAGCAGGCUAAUCUGACCUGUCACCACAAGACAGCUCCAAAAUCAGUCGUCCUGAAGUUCAAAUGGUCAAUUGGAUCUACCCAGAAUGAGCCAAACACACCAUCUUGGCGUUUCCCAUUUUUCUUUUUUCUAUCUACUUAUAAAAAGAUUUUAAUAAAUUUAAAAUUGGUUCCCAA